AUGCUGGGGUUGAGCGGCGUCGUCGCCAUUGCCGCCUCUGGUGCGGCCAUCUUCAUAGCUUUUUCAGUGGUUGGAAUUGUCGUCUGGGUUAGAGUGCGCAAGGAGCGCCAUGCACUGGCGUUGCUCAACAUCCGACAGGGCAACUUUGGCCGCAGUCUACAAACCCUACCGGCGGAUACCCUCACGGAGUUAUCCAAGGAGGAAGGGGCAGCACUAAGGGCCCAUGGCCAGCUACCCUUUGGCAAACCAGGCGAAUGGGGCCAGCUAACAUCCCGCGAAAGCCUGCUGCGACCGAAACACUCAUCGGACUCGUUUACUAUCACCGAGAAAGCUCGAUCUCUGCGCCAUUCCCUUUCCCGGUCUCGAUCAAAGCGGCUGUCCAAGUCUUCACAUAAGCACCGCCGGCUGAGCUCACUGGUCACCGUUAGCGAGGCAGACCCCCACCACCACUCCAGUCCUCCGCCCAAGUCAUCAAUGUCGAGAGACGACAUCCCCCUGUCCGCAGUGGAAGGGGUUCUGGAACUACCAGCAGAGCGGACUCCCAGCCAGACACCGGAAAUGAACCGAGAGGACUCUGGGUUCCAUGUGGGCAUGCGUCCAGUUUCACCGGCAUGGCCCUUGCCAACCCAAAAGGACCGGGGCAGUAUGUUCCCGGUGGUGGAAGACCACAAUUCCCCAAAUGCAUUCGACCCGCCUCCAAGGAUCUUUGAUGAAUCGUCGCAGCGCGUGCGCGGUACCAGUAUCACAAGCCAGACAGCAGGGUCGGUGCCUGAGCAUUCAAUCCCGCCGCCACCUCCUUCUGCAUGGCCCCCGGAUCGAUUCAGCUACGCGCGAGAUGCUUCGACCUUCCGGCUGUCCUCGAUGAGUCUGGACACCACCAACAGCUCAAUCCUGGAUGAUGGUCGAAAUGGCCCGCGGUCUGCCGAUACCGAGAUCACUUCCCCGAUUUUCCCGUCUUUUGGGACAUUCGUUCCAUACAGCGCCAACGAUGUCGGGUUCAAGGAUGGCCGCAGGAGCUUUAUCGCCACCAACACGUCCAUGCCGCCCAUGCAUAACUUCCCCAUUCGCUCAUCUUCGACUGCUGAAGGCCGCAGGAAGACCUCAGACCACAUGUCGCCUCGUCGCAGCAUGACGGUCCGGCAUUCAAGUAACUCCAGUGAUCGCUUCAGCGCUCCGCCGCGGCGCAGCGAGUCUCUGUCCUCCAACCCACCCUCGAGACACGCGUCUCUGCGAAGCGGGACUCCAGUGUCUAUGAAUGGAUACCAGAACUCCAAUCCACCCAACUGGCGGGUGUCCAACUCACAGAUGGCCUUUGUACCGCACUUCAGCCAAUUCCAGCGAUCCUCAGCCUGCGCCAAUGAGCCCCGAGAGAAUGACCCGUUCUACGGCGGGUCUCCUCGCUCAAGCGGGUCGAUGAUGCCAAUUGGAUCACCAGGAAGCACGGGUAGCUAUAUGCCACCGAGUCCAAUGCAGCGCUCCAGCCUGUCCCUUAAGGGACCAUUGCCUUCAGCACUCAAGGGAGGAAACUCGCAACGCAAAGGACACCGGCGCCAGAAUUGCGUGCGCAUCUCUAUCCACCCGCCCAUGACGUUCGGAGGCCCCCCGUUCUCUCCCACGGUCGAAGAGGAGCCGGAGGACUUUGACAAGAUGGAAGAGCUGGACCUACGCGAAAGCGCCAUUAAUGAUCUAUCCAAGUCCCAGCCUGCCAUCCCGCUCAAUACCACUUCUCCUCUUCCUCCUUCCAAGCGCAACAAGUACGAUUCGCGGCGGUCCAAGGCAACACCCGGAUCGCUGGGUCCUCUGGCCGAAGAGCCCCAGACCGCGUGCAACAAGAGCCCGGCCAAGAAGAGGAAAAAUGCGCCUAUCAACUCGACCGACGAGCACUCCAGCAUGGACAAGAGCCAUGCCUUGCCGGAUAUCUUCACUUCCCUUCCCCCUACCAUCACCGACGUGAGCCUGUCGCACACGCCCUCCCCCGAACGCGCACCGGCCGUGUGGUCUCUCCACGAAAACGCGCCCCCACGCCGAACAGGCAUCAAGGGCCCGCGCACGCAGCCGCCACGAGCCACGCGCAGCAACUCGACGCGCACGUCUUCCAAGCCAAUGGACGAGCUGGUCACCAGCCCCGUGGCCGGGUCACCAAGCCGUCUUCCGUUGAUCACAGGCACACAGGGCAGCGACUGGCGCAAAUCCACCGACUCGCUGUACCGCACCCGCACCGACGCCGCCGGCUCGCCCCGUCGCACCCACGACCCCCGCUACUCUCCAGAGACCGGGCUUGGAUCCUCGUCGCUGUACGGGCGCGCCCGCAUGUCUACUGUCCGCGACCGCGUCACGAUCUGGGAAGAUGCUAACCGCGGCGGCUCCCCGCCCAAACCCCCCGCCGCACAGCUGGCUGGCGUCCCACCUUUUGGCGUCGAUAUCUCGCCCACGCGCUCCAAGAACGCCGCAUUCCGGUCUCUGCCCCCGACAGACCCCUUUCCUUCGCGCGUGCCCAGCCAUCGCGCCCCGCCUACCCCGGUCUCUGCUCGCUUCGGCAUGACCACGCCGACUAGCAAGAGUCUCGGGCUGGGAAUCGGGUGUACCACGCCGGUUAGCUUGUACGAUGGUGAUGGGUUCUUAAAAGAAUAG